AUGGCGAAUACAAGUUCAUUGCCUGCUAAUUGGGAGGUUAACGUUGUAUUCAGCAUCUUUCUCUUUAAUCAGAUUUCAGCUAAUUAUCUGUGUUCACUAGGAAUAACAAGACGUUUCCUAGCAAUGAAGUCGGAAUGGGGAUUUUCAAAAUUGAUCUCUAAAAAGGUUAUGUCUGAACCCUCAAACGGAUACCUAAUCGAUGAUACAUGUGUGUUAGGUGCUGAGGUUUUCAUCGUGAAAAAAGAAGCCGCCAUUCAACGUCUAUCUUUGAACAAUUGUGAUGUUCCUUACGAACGUGAUUGGAAGAUUACUAACUUUUCCAAAUUGGGAAAUCUUUGGGAAUCCGAAGAAUUCAUAGUUAGAGGCCACAAAUGGAAAAUUUGGCUUUACCCGAAAGGAAAUAAGGGAGGAGUUGGCACCUAUGUGAGCAUGUAUUUGUUUAAUGCUGGUUAUGAAAGAGUACAAGCAAGUUAUACCUUAUGUAUCAAAAACCAGGUUUCUGAUGAGCACAAGAAACUAACGAUAACAAAUCAUUUGUUUACACCUUCAAGCAGUUCAUGGGGAUGGCCUACAUUCAUGGAGAUUGCAACUAUGAAUGAUCCUAAAAAGGGAUUUAUUGUCAAUGACUCUUGUCUUGUACAUGUUGAAAUCUCAUCUGUCGAGGACGCUGCACAAUAA